AGUUGCAGCAAUCCGCCGCCUCGAUAACUUCAAGCAUCGGCAUUCGUGUCUGCAUACCUUGCGUAUCUACUUAUUUGCAGGCUGUGAUUGAGAUUGCUCGAUCUGCUCGACCCAAUCCUCGUUCGAUCAACGCCAUAGAGCACCAACAACAACCUCGCAUAUUCACUCAAACGCUUAUUGCUUGUACAUAUGGCAUCCCUGAGUAGCAACAAGCUUGAGGAGUGGGAGAUUGCAAAGUACUGGGAGAUCUUCUCGGGCCUGGAUCCCCUGAACGGUCUACUUUCUGGAGAUCGAGCUGCUGCAGUGCUCAAGAACUCACAGCUAGCUGACGACCAGCUCGAGAGGAUUUGGGAUCUUGCAGACGUCGACAGCGAUGGAAACCUGGACUUUGAAGAGUUCUGCGUUGCUAUGCGGAUCAUCUUUGAUCUUAUCAAUGGCCGCUACAAAUCCGUCCCCAGCUCUCUUCCAGAUUGGCUAGUCCCGUCAUCAAAGGUGCAUCUGCUAGCUGCUAACCGGGCGGUCAAGACCGGAAGCUCUGGGUUCGAACGGGUAGAUGACGAUGAUGACUUGGACGACCAACCUGGACUCACCAAUGACUUUGACUGGUACAUGUCACCCCAGGAUCGUCGAAAUUACGAGGCCGUGUAUAACGCGAACACGGAUCGACAUGGACAGAUUUCCUUCGAAUCCCUUAGCGAGCUGUACGGAACGCUUAAUGUUCCAGAGACCGAUAUAGCCUCGGCAUGGAACCUGAUAAACCCCCGUUCUGACCGGACGAUCGGCAAGGAUCAAUGCCUAGCAUUCCUGCAUAUCCUAAACAAUCGCGACAAAGGAGUCCGCGUGCCUCGUAACGUGCCGCCAUCUCUCCGGGCUACUUUCGAGAAGAGCACUGAGAUAGACUACGACGUCUCCAACACAAGCUCACCGUCUCAAAGACUUGCGUCUACCAGCACGACGAGUAAAAAAUCUGCCUUUGCAGACUCCUAUCUCGAUCGUCUUGGCAUAUCCGGUGGCCGCAGCCCUUACUCGUCCUCUGGCACAGACUUUUCGGCGACAAAGGAUACAGACUGGGAGGAAGUCCGUCUACGAAGACAAUUGACCGAGCUUGAAUCGCAAUACGAAAAGGCGCAAGCAGCUGCCGAACGUCGAAAGAACGAAGCCAAGCGAAACGCAGACAACUCAAAGAUUGGCCUUGUGCGUACGCAGCUCGAGCAGCUCUACGACUACAAACGCCGUCAGUUGAGAAAAUUGCGGGCGGGAGAGUCGCUCGAUGACGGGUCCUCUGGCGUGGAUUUGACGUCCAUGAAGCAAGAGAUCGAGGUACUGAAGCAGCAGGUUGAUAUGCUUGAGGAUUACUGCAACCGCAAGCAAACUGAGCUAAAUCAGCUGUACUCGGAGAUUGAGCGCGAAAAGAGUAGUUAGAUCGUUUUACUUUAAGUCAUUUUGUGUUUGAGUACGUGUGUAUGUAGAGUAGGUGAGUGAGUGUGUAUUAAUGAGAAUCGUUCAGUAUUCUGUAAUGCUAGCGUCUGCUUUCUUUGUACCCAAUUACUCAUUGCAAGAACCUGCAAUAAAGAGACGCAGCGCCACAGCGUCAUUAGCCAGUAUCUCCUUCUCU